GAGCUGCAGUGGCAAAUGGCUCCUCCAGAUCCAGGCUGCAGGAACUGCAGAGCCAACUCCACCAGGCGUGGAGGAGGCGGCGGCCUUCUCUCUGGGGCAAUGGCUGGCUGUGCUGCUGGGGCUCCGCGCAGGACUGAUCCCAGCACGGCCAUGUGCUCUUCCUUCAUUAAACAGUUUAUUAGAGUGUCUGAACCUGCAGAUCUCGAGUUACUGCUCUUCUGCAGUUCUGUCUCCAACCGGUGGGUCUUGCUUUGGCCCCCAGGGCAUUGAGGUAGAGGACAGAAAGGGUACUUGUGCUCAGCAACCAUUGCCCAGGCAAGCAGUGUAGUAGACAAAGAGACCAGAAACCACUCUUCACUUGGUUCUUCUGCUGAAGCCUUUAAUGCUUCCAACAAGAGCAGAGCCCAGAGCUGUGGGCUGAAAUACUUGUCCUUGGAGAUGUCCACAAACGUUCUCCCCACCGUGACCUGCCAUUUGUGCCUCUUUAGCCGGAUCCUGUGGAGCUCCUUUGGUGCUGUGUCACUAUGGGGUGGGUUUGCUGGGCUGGGGGAGCCCCUGUGGCACGUGUCACUCCUGUGGCACCGUGUCACAGGGCCCUUUGUGACCCGCCGUGAUAAGGGUGCUGGUGGCACAGCAACCACCUCACUGUGCCCGGAGGACACGACGGGACAGGACGGGAGCGAGAGGAGCUGCCAGGAGCCCCUGUGCAGACGCCUUGUGCCCUGUUGAUCCGUGUCUGCUGUCUACAGCGCUUUUCCUACACGUCUCCCAUCCCUGCAGCAGGAGCCCUUGAGGCCAGACAGCAGCGGGAUGACGUGGAGACCCCCAUUCACACCCAGGGUGGUCUGGCUGAAUGACGAUAGUGAGGAUGAGGACGAGGAGGAGAAGGAGGUUGAGGCUGCCCCAGCAUCGCAGCAUGAGGAGGUGCAGGAGCACCAGCUGCUGCAGGCAGAUCCCAGCUGGGAGCUGCCAGAAGAGGAGCAGAAGCAGGAAGACACCCAUGUCCUGCACAACCCCAGAGCAAAGCUGUUUUGGGAAACUGUCCACCCCAAAGACUGUGAAGGCUCCACUGUCGAGCUCGCUGAGGCCAUGACAGAAGGACAAUCCUACGACGCGGAGGCUGGUGCUGCUCUGCUGGAUAUGCUUGUGGAAAGCGAGGUCUCCACUUUGAAGCAGGUGCCCAGGAUUGUGCGGUGCAUCCACCAGUGGUUCAUGACCAACACGGACGAGUCAGUUGAGCACAGCCUGGACAACACCGUUGUGGAGCUCACCGACGCGCACCCCCAUGAUGUGGUGGUGGCCCUGCUGCGCUGUGCCCCAUCGUGCGACCGAGCCGCUGCAGCCAUGUGGAGGAUGAUGGUCACCACCAGCAUGACCACAAAGAAGGUGUUCCGGGAGCUGCUCUGCGUGCUGGAGGACUGGCCGCUGCACAGCACGUCCACCUGUGACGGGGACCAACAGGACGUCCUUGCCCUGGCUGCAACCAGGGCUCUGUGGGAGAUACUUCAAAUGCCCAGGUUCCCAAGAGGGCUGAAGGUGUAUUUCCCUCGCCUCCUCCUGGCUCUGCUCUUCCAAGUUGUGUACAGCACAGAGCAGAUGCCAGACGAGGUGGAUACUUUCUGGAGGGAGUGCCAGGAGGAAGGCGGCCUUCCCACCAGCCCCAGCAGGUGCUCCAUCCCAGUCCUCCCAGCCCUGCCAUGGCCCUGGGCCUGGAGCCAGGGCUGCCAGCGUGACCUGGGCUUUGCUCUGCACACAGGUUUAUAGUGCUGACUGUGAAAGCACUGCUCUGCCGUCUGGGCUACAGGCUUGUAGCCUUUGAAGUGGAACGUAAGCGUGGCUGGGACACGCUCCUCCACGCUGAGACCCACCACUGCGCAAUGGGGCUGCUGGCCAGGUGAGAGCCCCCUUCUCCCUGCUCCCCGUGCCAUUGGUGCCCGGAGGACGGGGCACCCCACACAAUCCCCUUGGUGCUGGGUGAGAGGGACUGGUCUGCGGUGAUGGCCCAGCAGACUGGCAAAGGCUGGGAGAGCUGGGUGCAGAGGAGCAGCCACCCCCCAAAGCGCCGGCGUCCCCUCCCGAGGGCCUGGGCUGACGGCACAGAGCCGGGGUCUGUCUGCAGGCAGCACCAGCCAGGGCAGCCGCCGCGGCGGCAGGAUGUGCUGAGGGCUGGGGACGGAGCCUGGGGGACGAGUCCCCCUGGGCAGGAAAGGGGUCUCUGAGAAAGGGAAGGCUUUGGGGUGGGAAGGGUGUUUUUUACAGUUUCCUCCCCAAAAGGAGCGUGCUGGUGCUGGGCACUGCCUUUCUCCUGGUGAGGGGUACGGAAAAGACCCGGGCCUGUGGGAGCAAAUGCUGCUGGUGGCUGGAGUGGAGCACAAAGGGGUCUUUGGCCCUUGACGGGGACAGGGAGUCCCAGGAGAGGUUUGCCUGCCAUGCUCAUGGCCGAUGGUGCCUUUUUCCCCUUGCCAGAGAGAUCCGUGUUGUCUCAAGACACCUCAAUGCCUCUGUGGUGUCCUACCUGGUCGAGCUGCUCAGCAAGAAAGAGCCCCGCUGUGAGCUCCCUGCCAUGGCGUUCCUUGUGGAGAUCCUGGCCUCCCCUGGCCCAAAUGUAAGAGCUGAGAGCUUCCUGCAGCUUGUCCCAAGAUACCUGCAGAGCAACUGCAGCAUGACGCGUUCCCUGCUGCUCAAAGGCCUCACCGUGAUCUGCGACACACCGUGGAUGGUCCCAAAAAUGCGGUUCCUGGUGCAAAGACUCACGGAUCUACUGCAAGACGCAGAUAUGGAUAUGGUCAGGAUGACCCUGUCUGUGCUCAGGAAGGUGGUCCGUGACCCGAGCGUCCCAAUUUCCACCCCCAUCGCUCUGCAGCUGGCUGAGAGGCUCCAGCCACUCUUUGACAACGAGUCCUGGUAUGUGCGACAGCUCUCCGUCAGCAUCUUUAAAAAGGUGAUAGAGCGUGUAGCAAAUGAUGGAAAAAAGCUGCUGAAGACGCUUGUGCACCAGAGCCUGCUCCCCCUGAUCUUCCACGUAUUUGAUGAGAACAAGGCCGUGGCAGCGGUGAGGAUUUCUGACCUGCUGGUGUCCCCAUGGGAGGUGGCUCAGCCGCCUCCUGCCCUGACACCUCACAGACUGCAGAGCUCCAGCCACCUCCUGGCCUGGGCUCCAGAGCAGCAGCUCUGGGGGACGUCUGUCCUGCUGCCCCGGCAGCACCCGGUGCCCGAGAUGGGGGUUGCCCUGCUCCUCUGCCCAAGCACCAACCUGCCGGCAGACGAGUUCCCCACCUGCUGCAUCUCCUUGCCACGGGCCAGCACAGGCCCUGAGCCUUGCCCAGGCGCAGGGGACGCAGGUCCCGUGCCCUGGGCAGUGGUGCAAUUUCUCAAUCUCUGCUGCUCUGCAGACCUGUAGGGAUACCCUGCUGCAAGCUACCGCUUUCCUGAAGAAGGAGAAGCUCAGGCAGGUGGUGUUAAGGGAUCAGCAGACAGAGGCGAUCGGCGAGUGCCUGCUGGUAGAGUGCCGCAGCAGAGCAGCAGAGUACCUGCGUCAGACCCUGACGUACAUGCAGAGCCCACAGGACUCCAUACGAGAGGCAGCCGUCGCGUUCCUUGGGGUCCUUGGGCAGCACAUGAGGGCUCAGCCGGAGAAGUUCCAGCUCGUCUACGACGCCAUUCAACACGCGACAAAGGACAGCAGCCCCUACGUCCAACGCCAGGCACUUCACACUCUGCCCCUGCUCAGAGCUGCAGCGGCAAGUGGCUCCUCCAGAUCCAGGCUGCAGGAACUGCAGAGCCAACUCCGCCAGGCGUGGAGGAGGCGGCGGCCUUCUCUCUGGGGCAAUGGCUGGCUGUGCUGCUGGGGCUCCGCGCAGGACUGAUCCCAGCACCGCCAUGUGCUCUUCCCUGAAUAAACAGUUUAUGGAGUGUCUGAACCUGCAGAUCUCGAGUUACUGCUCUUCUGCCCUUCUGUCUCCAACCAGUGGGUCUUGCUUUGGCAUGGGAGAAGAAGAGAAAAAGGGUUCUUGUGCUCAGCAACAACAGUUGCCCAGGCAUGCAGCGUGGUAGGAAAAGUGACCAGAAAGCCCUUUGCCCCUUGCUUCAUCUGCUGAAGCCUCUAAUGCUUCCGACAAAGCCCUUGCGCAGAGCCCGGAGUUGUGGGGAUCCCUGAAAAACUCGUCCUGGGAGAUGUCCACAAAUACUCUUCCAGCCGUGACCUGCCAUUUGCUUCUUGCUGACGGGAUAGUUGAGGGGUCCGAGUUGCCUCUUGAACCGGCUCCGGUUUCCUGUUUCCAGGCAAAAUGCUGCCAUUUGUGUCAAAAUCAGUGUUUAAAAUCUAUUUUGUUUUUCAAAGGGAGCUGUUACGGCAUUCUCUCCAGAAUUUGAAAUUUAGUUUUGAUGUCCUCUACCUCCUGUGCUCUACACAUUAUGUUUUGUCAAUCUACAGGUUUUUAUCCUUGUUUCUGCACAAGUGUUUCUCCCAGCUCUAGGAAAUGUCCCGGUGCUCUUCCUGUGUUUUCCUUGUACUGUUUCCUAGAGUCUUUUUUUGAAGAGAUGUGUUUGAAACCCUGAGUAAUGCAUCUUUGUGCCUUAGUAGCAAGCACUGAGCCCAAGUGAUUUAAAGCAAAGAUGGCCGGAGCUCUCUGCCUCUCUGGGGCUGGGAUGUCAGGGGGGUUGGUUGCUGCAGGAAGGCUGUUUACCCUGCAUUCUUCCUAAAUUGCAGUGGAGGCACAAGGCGUGGUGUACCCACGGUGUACCCAUGCCCAGGGGUUCAUCAGUCUCAGCCUGAGAAAUCUGAGCACUGCUCUAGGAGAGCAGCACACGAGUUUGACACUUUAGCACAGGAUUUUGAUACGGUAGCACGGGAGUUUGCUACCGGUUGUUUGCUUUUUCCCCAUGACCGUUUGCCCUGAGGCAAAGCUCUUUCAGGCCCCAAAGCCCCAUCUCCCUGGCACUCUAGUCAGUCCCCAGGGUUAUGCGCCAGUCUUAUGGCUUUGCCCGAAAAUCUCACCAAAAGCAUCACCUUUACUAGAUGGGAUUAAUUGCUUCAGUUGCACCUACUCCUCUGGAGCCAUCUGUUUGCAAGUAGCUACAUUCUCCCUGAUGUUGCUCUGGUAGAGCCCUGAGUCUUUGGACAAGCUCGUGGAUAAAACAUGGGGUUCCAUGAAGCACAGGAGCUAUUCCUCAAAGGCUUCCCAUGGGGAACUGAGGUGCAUCGGGGUUUGCUGGAUCUUUAAGAUCACAGCCAGAAGGGGCAGCUCUAAGCAGUGCCAGUGUGAGCGCUGUAGCCUGGUGCUGGUGGUGGGGACAGCGGACGUGGGAAUUGGGAGAAAUUAAACUAGAUGGAUAAACGUGUGUUGGCCAGCACAAGGCACUGCAGGUUGCCCAGUUUUUAUCCUUUGUUUCUGCACAAGUGUUUCUCCCAGCUCUAGGAAAUGUCCCAAUGCUCUUCCUGUGCUUUUAGACCCACAUUGGGUCAGAGGUCCGGUUUGGAGUCGUGUUGGCGCAUUGCGGAGCAGUGGAGUGGAGCGGAGCGUGGGUCCUCCAGCCAGCUUCACGGCCAGAGCCGUUGAAGCUGGAACUGGAGCUACUGUACCUGAGCCACAGCAUCUCCAGGGGGUUAGCCCAUACCUGGGGUGUUGGAGACUUGGAUGUAAACCCAGUUCUGGCCAAUCAUGAACACCGAGGAGAUGUGCUGCUUCGUUAUUGCCCAAGUAGGAACCCGUUUUCACCUUCAAAAGUGAUCAAGCCUGAAAAUCAGCAGUUGAAGCCUGUGGGUUGCUGUCUUGGAGGUAAUGCAUUGAGGUGCAAACAAUGCAUUUUUGGCAGUAUUAUGGAUAGUAGCGAGCUUUGCUGUGGGAAGAUGAGCAAUACUGUGGCCUAGUGGUCUCCUCGGAAAAGACCUGGAUGCUUCCAGAGGUUGCUGCCUCUUCCAGAUGCCGGAGGAACAAACCUUGCAAGCUGCACCAGCCGGGCUUUGAUAACUCAGCUUCACAGGUGACUGGAGCCCUCCUGUCUGCUUGUCACUAAACCCAGGAGUGCUCCUGUGGCCUCUGCCAGCCCGACAAGGCUUCUGUGGUCGUCCUCUAACUGAGGCUUAGGCUGCCCUGUUGUGAAGCUACAAGGAAUUUAAUUACAUGUGGUCAGAUUUUGCAGGUGCUUGGACCUUUGAGAUCAAUCUUGGCUUGUUCGUGUUGCAAAAAUUCUCUGUGGCUGUAGCUGAAUACAUGCAUAUGUGUUUGCAGGAUCGAGGGAAAGCUGCUCACACUAUAUACCUUUUCUUGAGAUCAUUUCUGCUAUUAGGUGAAAUGAAGACACGUUUCUAAGGGGCUCAGUCUGUUGAUAAAUGAAGUCCAUUGAUAAUUUCCAGCGAAUAAUUUUUACCCAUCUUUCUGAAGUGCUCAUUCAAAAGUUGGUGUCUCUCUGGAUUUUUUUGGAUUACUUGGAAAGUAUUAGCUCAAACUAUUUUUUUUAUAAGGUCACAAAUAUGAGCAAUAUAUUUAAGUAUUAUUAUAGACAUAGUUUUUUAAGCUGUUCAAAUGAACAAUUAAAAUUAAAGUGUAAAGGAAAUAUGUUCCAUGCCAAAACCUUUUGACGAAGGAAUGGUGUCAGGUUAUUUAUGAGGAAUGAGUGCUCUUGUUUAUAAUUCCAGAAUUUUAAAAAGUAAGAAGUUUUCCAGGGUUGUAUGCAAUCCAUAUCUGUCUUCUGGGAGUCAAUAAAACACUGCUUGGCUUCCUUCA